GCAACGUGUCUCUCUACAUUGGUUUGGUUCGCGGCUCGCGGUGUCUAACAUCCCUCUUUAUCCUCCGAAUAACAAAGAAAUCACUCGACUCUAACCACGUCGUCCCUCUCGCUUGUUCCCGCGUCAUCGUCCAGUGUCUCGUGCUCGACGAACGCUCUUCGGGACCGGUGCAACAGGUCCAAUAGUUCCUUCGAUAUUUCGAUCGUGCCGUUCGCGUCUGAAUCUGGCUUUCGAAGAAAGUGAAUUUCCAGAAUCGUGCGCCGGUGUUCAGUUUAUUUACGUUCCGCCGGGACACGUUACCAAUUAUUCGCCGGUCACCCGGCUGCCCUACGUUGCCGACAUCAACAUCGAAAUCGAAAUUGGAAACAGGAUUCCAGGCAUUUCUUGAACUCUCGCGAAUUUUCGUAUCGCGAGGAUUAUUUCGUGCAUCGGGACGGUGGAAAUCAGAGGAGGGGAGUAAGAUCGGGCGAAUUGGAAGGAACGGUAGGAAAAAGAAAAAUCGUCGAGGUUGUCUCGAAGGCCAGGCUACCUGGCACAGAUAAUCGGGAGAGAAGAAAGUUUGUCUGGCUGCUGCAUCCGGCUCGGAGUGUCUCCCGCCCUCCUCGAUCGCUCAUCCCCGCUGGUUUCGUAAUUCCGCCAUCGAAUUUCUUCCCUGCCGCGUAUUUUCGUGGCCACGGAGCAUCAUUGGCGGAGAGGGAGGCUCGCGGCGGAAUGUCGGCCCGUUAAUGAUCUCGCGCGCCUCUUCGCGGUGAAAACGGAAGGAAUGAGUGGCGCCACGGAUGAAGUUCCACCGUGCCGAUUGAAUGGAGCUAUCUCGACGAGGAUUUGACCAUCUCUCGCGCCGGAGUCGUCCCUCUCUCACGCAGCACCCUUGCACGUCCGCGUGAGUGGAGCUGGGGCCACAGAGGCAGCGUGUCCCGAUCGAUACGCAGCUAGUCGACCAUCAAGAUGUUGCAGAACUGCAGAGGCGGAAGGUCCAGGUGCGCCAGGCGAGCUCUGAUGUUCGUAUUCGCCUGGGGCCUCGUGAUGAUCGCAGCAGUGCAGUUUCGUCACAUAGAAAACAGCAUCAGAGAGACCCCAACCGGGGAAGAAUCCGCCAGCGAGCUGCUGAUAGACAUGUAUCGCCAACGCGAAGCAGUGAACAACCAUGGCUCCUCGAGCCUCGGUCUUUCCAGAUACCUGUUGCAAAGAUCCUCAGCGGACUCCAGUUUCUCCAAUUCCGGCGGUUCCAGCCUCCUCACCACCUUGACCACUAUGUCCAACACUCCCACGAAGAAUCCUCUGGACCUGGAACCUCUGUUAGACAAGAGUCCUGCAAAGACAGAGGAGGAGUUAAUCCAGGAAAUAGAGCAGAGGUUACCUAGCCUACCUCUAGCUUACUGGAGCAAGACCGGCAAGUAUUCCAGUGGUCAGGUCAAGUCCAAAGGCAACGACAGCUGCUCCAACCUGAAAUACCCUUCUAUAUACGACAUAGAGUUUAAUAACGUUUACUGGCAAACCAUGAGGACCUCUAAUGGCACGUUCCAAUUGUUUGGUGCUUUCUAUGACCGCCGAAAGCUGUCGAGAAUAGGUCCAGCUAUCAGGAUCGUCGGUAUGAUCGACAGGAUCGAACCCAUCGUCAAGACUCACUGUCAGCUGUGGUAUGACGGAGAGAGGGAACCCAAGAUCGUCGAAACUUUGGAAUACAAAUACAUCUGGUACUCGAAAUGGGGUAACUACAAACAGGGGAUUUAUCAGCCCUACGUGAUCGCCUGUAAGAUUCCUCAGUCCCAUUGGCUGAAGGGACCCCCAGCCUCUGUGUCCAUGGUGGAGAAGCCUUGCGACGUCCCAAGCAAUAAUCUUAGAGUGAUAUACAAUAAGCCUGAACGUAAGAAGGACUUUGCUGUCUGUGUCAAAGGUCUGGAUUUCCUCCACGAAGACCUGUCUGUCAGAUUAGUCGAGUGGAUAGAGCUGAUCACUCUAUUAGGCGCAGACAAGAUUUUCUUCUACCAGCUACAGGUUCAUCCUAAUGUCACCAAGAUUCUGAAUCACUAUGAGAGACUAGGCAAGGUCCACGUGACUCCGUUGACCCUGCCUGGUGGACAGCCUAACGUGCCUGCUUUUCAGCACAUGUACUUGACCAAGAAGACUAAUCAUAAGAGACAGAACGAACUGAUUCCUUAUAACGACUGCUUGUACAAGCACAUGUACGAGUACGAGUACAUUGCUCUGUUGGAUGUGGACGAGGUGAUCAUGCCAGUGAGAGAUGCUACGUGGCAGGAUUUGAUGAAGAGGGUACUGACGAAGGCAUUGAAGAUCAGAAACGAGACUAGAGCCUCGUACAAUGUGAGGAAUGUGUAUUUUCUCGACGAUUUGCUGCACUCGCAUGGGUACUUUAAGGACGUGCCAAAGUACAUGCACAUGUUGCAGCACGUCUACCGUUCGAUGAACUUCACCAAACCUAAUCAAUACAUCAAGUGCUUCCACAAUCCGGAGAGGGUGGUGACCUUGCACAAUCACUUCCCCUUGGCCUGUUUGGGUGCCGGAUGCACCAGUUACCCCAUCGAGACCGAGGAUGCUCAGCUUCAGCAUUAUCGGGCCGACUGCGUCAAGUCGUUGAAGAAAACCUGCGUGAAAUAUCGAGAGAACAGCGUGUUAGACACUACGAUAUGGCGGUACAGGGACCAAUUAGUCGAAAGGGUCACCAGGACGUUGGAAACUCUUGGUUUCUUUGGACCGAGCUAGCGCGAACCAGACCUCUUCGAGUCUUUAUUUCGUGUGCUAUCGACGACGAAGCUUGAAACCGUUUAGAACCCUUCGUUCGUCUCGUUCCUCUUCUUGUUGAAUUUCUUUAACAAUGGUCCAAUAUGAGAGAAGUUUGCUGCUCGAAUCGUCGUUGGAAACGCGUUUGCUUCGAUGGACGAAGAAUUUCAACUUGGAUGUUGAACUUGCAAAUUUAUUCCACUUUUAUUCUUC